AAGAGGGGGAGAGAGAAACUCUCUUUAUUGUGUGAGCCUGUGAGGAGAUAAGCCCAUCAAUCCACUACUCAAUCUCCAGUCCACUCUGCUCCGGCGACAAUGGAAGCAGCGGCCACUCUCCUCUCCUUCCCUUCCUCCAAGCCCCCUUCGCAGUCUCCCCAUCCCCUCAGCUCCCUUUCCUUGACCCGACCCGUCAACCCAUUCCUCGCCCCGCCGCCCGCCUCCGGCAAAGCCCGCUUCCCUUCCACCAUCAGGGCCGCCAUCUCGCGCUCCAAGAAAGAAGAGACCGUCGAGACCGUUAAGACCCAGCUCGAGAACUGCCACUUCCUCGCCGGAAUCAAGUACCAGGGCCUCACGGUCAAGCAGUUCCAGGAGCUCCGGCGGUCCCUCCCGGAGAACACGAAGCUUAUCGUCGCGAAGAACACCCUGGUCUACAAGGCCAUCGAGGGGACCCCGUUUGAGGCCCUGAAGCCCUGCAUGAAAGGGAUGAACGCCUGGCUCUUCGUCCACAGCGAGGAGGUCCCCGCCGCGAUCAAGCCCUACAGGGCCUUCCAGAAGGAGAAGAAGCUCGAGAACAACGACUUCACCGGCGGGGUCUUCGAGGGGAAGUUCUACGGCCCCGAGGAGUUCAAGCAGCUCGAGUCAAUGCCCAGCCGGGCUGAGAUUUACGCGAGGCUGCUCGGGUCGCUGCAGAGCCCUUCGAUCGGGCUGGUGAGCACUCUCCAGGCGCCCGCGAGGGAUGUGGUAAUGGUGCUGAAGGCGUAUGUGCAGAAGCUGGAAGAGCAGGGAGGCGGGCAAUAGUUAGGAGUGAGUUUCUUGGUCCUGUAAGUGCAAAUUGGAAACUCAAUCUUGUUGUUGUUCUUGAAAUUUUGAAUUGAUUGUUGUAGCAAAGCGGUAGGAUUAUUAUCGAUUCGAUGAAUCGCUGAUGGAAUUCGAUGGAGGGGGACGGAUUUGUAUAACAAUGUAGAGGUGAAUCUGUCCAUACAUUUCAUAUAUUCAUCAGCAAUCAAUUGUUCAGAUUCAUUUGCCAUUGUUGGUGGAAGUAA